AUGGGAAACGAAGGCUCAGUGCCCGAAGGGCAUGAAGCUGAAGAAGAGUUUGAAUACCAGGCAAGAGCGCCCCCUUCCUAUAGUAAUCCAACGAACCCAACGAAUCAGCAACGCUCCGGCGGAAGAAUGAUGAAUGCCCUGCGACGUGAAAAAUCUAAACAGAACGCUGCUGGGGGAGUAAUGGGGAGCAAUACCACGAACGGCUUGUCAACUGGAGGCAGUUCUUAUGUUACCGCAGGAGAUGGUGGGAAUCGUACACAACAAAGCUUGUACCCCGAUGAGGUGUGGCAGAAUCAACAAAAUCAUUUCCAACAACACAGUCAGUCUCACAACAGUGGAAACCAACAAGCCUGGAAUCCCAGCUCUUCGCAGCAAAGAAACAAUUCUUCCGUAGUAUCUCAAGAUGGCGGAGGAUCGUAUCAGUCUCCGACGAGAGUCAAGAAAACUGGGAUGAACUUCCGACCAUCUGUGCGAGGUGCUGCGAUCAUUAAUUCCAUGAAAAGCUUAUCGAUAAGUAGCGCAAUACAAAAGGCAGCCGACAAAGCAAAGCUAGCAAAAGGGGGAGGAAUCAAUGAUUGGGCGACGAAAUGGGACGAAGAUGAUGACUCGGACGACGAUGAUGAAAAUGUUGAGACAAACCAAAAACAGCCUCUGCAUCCACCGCUGGAUCAAGCUGCUGUGCCACCAAGCGCUGCAGUGGUCGCUGGGUCACCUUGGUCUGAAGCACAGUCGAAGGCACACUGUGUAACAGCGACACCAGAUAGUGACAUACGGCCCAUGCCAACAAGUAGCGGAGGCUCCAAUUCGUGGGAACCCCAACCAAUUCAGAGGCAACCACAAGACAAGCCGAAUGUACAAAUGUUCUUACCGCUACUGCGCGUGCUAGGAAAAGGAUCUUUUGGAAAGGUCGUAUUAGUGCAGAAGCGUCAGGGAAAGGAAAAGGGAGCUUUGUUUGCAAUGAAAAUAUUGCGUAAAUCGCAUCUUGUGCGGCGUAGACAGAUUGAACGGACACGUACGGAACGGAAAGUUUUGUCCAUCGUUAAUCACCCGUUCAUCAUGAAGCUUCACUACGCCUUUCAAUCACCAGACAAACUGUAUCUCGUUUUAGACUACUGUCCUGGCGGCGAACUCUUCUUCCACCUCUCACGUUUCAGACGAUUUCCAGAGCGGGUAGCCAGAUUCUACGCAGCAGAACUGCUGUUAGCUUUAGGACAUCUGCACAAGCGUGGAAUAAUAUACCGUGAUUUGAAGCCAGAGAAUGUGCUUUUAGAUGCAGAUGGACACAUCAAGUUGGGAGAUUUUGGCCUCGCAAAGGCGGGGAUAAAAGAUGCAUGUGAAGGUGCGACAUCAAUGUGUGGUACACCAGAGUACAUGGCCCCGGAAGUUCUUGCUCAACAGGGUCAUGGGUUCUGUGUUGAUUACUGGGGUCUAGGAAUGCUCGUCUAUGAGAUGAUGACGGGGUUACCUCCAUGGUACACAACCGACAGGGCAAAACUAUUUCGGCGACUAAAGAGUGCACCACUGGACGUGCCAUCGUACUUCAGUCAAUCUGCUACGGCAUGUGUUGGAGCUUUGUUGGAGCGCAACCCAAGGCGGCGCCUUGGAGUCACUGGUGUUCGUGCUGCCAUGGAGCACGAUUUUUUCCGUAGUAUUAGUUGGCGUGCCUUGUAUGGCCGACGGGUUGAAGCGCCAAUAAGGCCUUGCGAGGGAUGGAACCCACCAUCGAUUGACUCUGAUGGCAAAGCUAUGACAGCACCUGAACCGCAUGUAGCACCUGGCGAGGGAACCGAUCCUAUAAAUUUGGAUGCUGCUACUGCAAACUUCGACAAUACGUUUACAAGGAUGCCUGUCGAAACUGAAGAUAACACGGGUAAUCAUUCUGAUGAAGGAGAUCUCGAUGAGCUGAAUGAGGAUACAUUCGUUGGCUUUACCUUUGAUGACAAAGAAAGAGACGAUUUCGGUGUCGCUAUUCCCGCAAGACAACGAACGCAUCAUUACAACCUUCAUGCCACCAACGAGCCAAGUAGCGGAGUAACAAGGAACAUAGACUAG